GCUAGCUGUAAGUGCAGAUGCACAAUACCCUGUAAGAUCUAUGGCAUGGCUCAGGAAAUCUGAAUGAACUUUGGCUGGUAACGCCAUGGCAUCCUCUGCUCCUACUGAACACAGGCCGGCGUCAUGGUUGAAUUAUUUUUUUCUUUACGAUGGGUCAAAGGUGAGAGGUGAAGGUGACCCCACCAGAGCUGGUAUAAAUUACUUCUACCCACCACAGACAAUCCUUGACCAGCAGGAGUUGCUGUGUGGUCAAAUUGCCGGUGUUGUCCGUUGUAUGACUGAGGUUGCUAACUCCUCUCCCAACCUUAUACGACUACGCAAACUGAAAUUUGCCAUUGUUGUUGAUGGGGACUAUUUGUGGGCUCUUGGGUGUUCGGUAGAUGUUACAGAUGUCAGUUGCAAGCACUUUUUACAAGAACUGAUUGGACUGUUCCUUUUCUAUAAUGGACCCUUGCAGUAUGCAUAUGAGGUCCGUUCACAGGCUGAACUAGACUCUGAAUGGAAUCUUUACAUUGAAUUCAUCCAGAACACUACCACCGACCUACAUAGGAUCUUCAAUUCUCUGAGUCAUCUUGAUAAAACUAAAGUGGACCCACUCUUAUUGCUAAAAGCUGCACUCAUUUUGCAGACCUGCCAGAGAUUUCCCAACAUCCUUGCUGGCUGCAUUCUCUACAAAAAUCAUAUAGUGAGUACCCAGCUGCCCCCUUCACUCACUUCCAAGAUUUUAAUUCAGAGGGUUGGUCUUGUUCAAAGUCCAUCAUCUGAGAACAGUAGUGAUGUGGCGUUACCCCAGGAUGUCUAUAUGAUCCCUGUAUUCGUAAUGGAGAAUGAGAUAACUUCACUUCGCCACUACCCUGCCCAGUGGAUGACGAGAAUGCCAACACCUUCAAAAACACUGUCAAGCUUCUCUCCAAGCCUUUCCAAAAAAGCCUCUGGAAACCAGUUUUUGGUCUCAGAGGACAGUACGCAGGAAGGAACAACAGGAAGUGGGGAAUUGUCUCCUGUGCACCUUCCAACAGAAGAGGCUCCAUUACAAGGAAUAGGUAAGACAAUAUCACAAGAGAUUGAGGACAAUAAUUACAGAGAGCGUUUAUCUACUGGCAGCUUUGCAACAUGUGAUUCCAUGAUGGACUUUGAAAAUAAAGAGGAUGGCCUGGAAACAUUUGAGGACUAUGUUCCUGUGUCUCAGAAAGAUAAUUCCAGUACUGUUACAAAUGAAGACCAAACAUAUAGUUGUGAACAGUCAAUACUCUUAGAGAAGCCUGAAAAUAGGAACAACCAGCAAGACAACCCAGAAUAUAGUACAAAUGAUGGCACCUUAGAAAAGAGUUCCCCAUCAAGUCAAACCACAGAUAUUAAUUUUUCCCCAAAGGGUUCUAAUGUCUCAGACUGGUCAUUACUUGUAGACUCUACUCCAUCAUCUAACAGCACACAAUUGGUACAGCUAAUGUUAUAUGUCCAUAAUGUUAAAGGCUUAGUGUUGGCUCUCUUGGCUGAAUGCCCUUUGCAACAUGACAAGGCGUCCGUUCAAGAUGUGUAUGACAGCACCUUGGCUUCUCUCAAUGGUCUGGAAGUUCAUCUUAAGGAGACAUUGACAGUCAACAACAGUAAUCUAACAAAGAGCAGCUACAGCUUUACCCAUUAUGAUCCUAUUCAGCAUAUUCUCACUGCCAACCUCCCUUCUGUUUCAAGCACACAUGACCGCCACUUCCUCCGAGCUGCUUCAUUGAUACAUUCUGAUUUUAACCAACAUCAGUCAUUUCAGGAAAUUACAGUAAGAAAUGCCUCCUCUGCCAUCUAUGGCUGCCAAAGUGCCGUCCAUGAGACCUACUUUCAGCAGCUGGCACCACCUAUAAGGAACUCUGGAGUCCCCGACCCACAGGACAGCGCUUUCGUCUUAUCCAGCAAGGCAAAGCAAAAGCUACUGAAACAUGGCCUUAACCUGCUGUAAUCAUUCCUCUGCUUCUAUGGUACUUUGUACAAUCCAGAAAAUAAAUACUUAGAGUGUCUACAUUCACAUUUUCCCAUUUUGCUUUAUUGCAUUGGGCACUAUUAUCUUUUUCAAUUUUUCUGAUAUCGAUGAGUGAGAUAAUAUUUUAAACUCUGCUGGCCAGGAGGAUACUGCUCUAUAUCCCAGCAAUAAUGUGCUGCAUGCAAGGAAGUAGCCACCCUCUGCUGCAUUUUAAAUGACUCACUUGUUCCUUGGCUCUGCACUGAUGUGUAAUGGUUAUAAUGUCUAUUUGUAUGUUAGUUUAGUUCUUUAUUGUCUUUCAUCUUUUAAUUUGGAUUUGGCAAACUACAGAACAGCCCACAGGCACAGGUUGUUUUUUUUUUUCUUACUAGAACUGUGACUACUGGUAAGCCAAUCAUUUCAUUUAAACUUUAGGUGCCCAUAGACAGUCCAUUCAUCUAAUGACCCUAAUUGGACGUGUCAAGUCCAAACUGUUGAAUGAUUGUAUCUGAAUGCACCCAUUGACUGAACAAUAAAGCCAAUGAUUUAAUUAUUCAAGGUGUCAUCCAAGUUAGUUUCACUUAACGCCCAAGUUUUUCUAAAUCAUUUGUCUCUCAAAUGCCAUUCCUUAGCUGGCUGAAAGGAGUGUUAAAGGCUUAAACCAACACUCAUCACCUUAGUGUAAAAAUAACACUUUUCUCCAUAUUAAAUAACUCAGGUACAAAAAGGUUUAAAGAUUUUUUUUUAAGGUGUACAAAGUCUAUGAAAUAAGUAAUAACUUGUCACAUAUUGUCAUAGUAUAGGACCUGUUAUACGACCCUGGGUUGUCUGGAUAAGUGAUCUUUUUGUGAUUUGGCUCUCCAUGCCUUUAAGCUACUAAAAAUCAUUUAAACAUUAAUUUAAACCAAUAGGUUUGUUUUGCCUCCAAUAACUGUUAAUUAUAUCUCAGUUGGGACCAAGUACAAGGUACUGUUUUAUUACUACGAAAAAAAGAAAAGAUUUUUUUUUAAAUUAGAAAUAAUUAAAAUUGAGUAUAUAGAUGGUCUUUAUGUUAUUCUGAGCUUUAUGAAUAACAGAUUUCUGGAUAAUGGAACCUGACAUUGUCAGCUAGAGAAUAGUCUGUCUGUCAUGUCUUUAUUUAUGUCUUUGUUCAUUUGAUAAAUUUAGCCCUAAUAAUUUAAGUUUAUUUUUAGCAUUUGUGUUGUUUAUGGAGGAAUCCAAUAAAUGUAUCCAUAGGAGAAUGGUAUGUACAGUUGCACAGUUAGCAUGUAGUGCUUUAGUUUACUCACACAGUUGCCCUGAAUAUAUAAUCCAAUUAUGUCCUUCAUCUUGCACAUUUAAUAUGUGUCCUUAGGAUCCUAAUGCUGUACAGUCCUUGAGCAUCUCUCUUGCUGGGAAGUGAGAAAUAAUUAUAUAUGGAAUAAAUAAUGUAGAUAUUCAGCUCCUGCCAGUUAAGUAUCCGUUUCUGAAACUGCUGACUUGAUUCCAUAUAUAUGACUUAAAUUUGCUGUCAGAUUUACUGAAGCCUAUUAUAAGAGAACUCUGAUUGCAUAAUGUAAAAGUUAUGUACAAUCUAUAUUUAUUAAACCAUUCUAUUGUA